UCCAGAAACCUCCUAGAAAUUAAAGUCUUGUACUCUUUGUAUGUUCCUUUAGCAACCUAUACACUCCACCGAUAGCGCAAUUGUCAAUGUUUCUGGAAUCCUUGAGACAUUGUAAUUCCAGAAAUUGCUACAAGUUCUCUCGAUCCAACUUACUUCAUAGACUACUUUCAUAUAUAAUUCUUUCAACUCCUCCAUCUUUUUUCACAACCAUUUUCAAAACUUGCCACAAUGGAAAACAACCACAAAGCAUCAUCACCCCACAUAGUUAUGAUACCUAGUCCAGGCAUGGGUCACCUUAUCCCACUUGUAGAGCUUGCCAAGCGUCUAGUCCACCACCAUAACUUCACCAUCACUUUCAUUAUUCCCACCAUUGGACCUCCCCCAAAACCGGAGAAAACCCUCCUCCAAACCCUCCCAAAUUCCAUAAACUACUUCUUUCUCCCUCCUAUUGAUUUCCAUGACCUCCCCCCAGAAGCCAAAACCCAAACUAAAAUAACCCUUUCUGUCACUCGCUCCCUUUCCGAAAUACGCAACGUUUUCAAAUCCUUCGCUGCAAGUUCCAGUCUAGUUGGGUUAGUGGUUGAUAUGUUUGGUACUGAUGCAUUUUAUGUUGCCAAGGAUUUCAAUGUCCCAUCAUAUUUGUUCUGGUCCACCAUGGCUAUUGGUUUGAUUUUGUUGCUUCAUUUGCCUAAGCUUGACAAAAUGGUUGCUUGUGAAUACAAAGACUUAGCUGAGCCUGUGAAAUUACCAGGGUGCAUUCCAAUUUCCGGAGCUGAAUUUCCAGAGCCAUUUCAAGACAGAAAGAGUGAAGCAUACAAAUGGUUUCUUCAAUACGGCAAAAGGUUUGAUUUAGCUGAGGGUGUUAUAGUGAAUAGCUUCAUGGAACUGGAGCCAGAUGCUAUAAAAGCCUCGCAAGAUGAAAUUGGGCUUCGUGGGCCACCAGUUUAUCCAAUUGGGCCGAUUGUCCAGACCGGUCCAUCUUAUGGGCCUGGUGGGCAUGAGUGUUUGAAAUGGUUGGAUGAACAACCAAGGGGGUCUGUUCUGUUUGUGUCAUUUGGGAGUGGUGGAACUCUCUCAUUUGAACAGCUUAAUGAACUAGCAUUAGGGCUUGACAUGAGUGGAACAAAGUUUUUGUGGGUUGUGAGAAGUCCAGAUAACAAAGCUUCUGAUGCAUCGUUUUUCAGUGUCCAAAGCCAAACAGAUCCUCUAGGGUUUUUACCAAAGGGGUUUAAGGAGAGGACCAAAUUAGGUCGAGGUCUUUUGGUGCCAUCAUGGGCGCCACAAAGUGAGGUACUUAGUCAUGGUUCGAUAGGUGGGUUCUUGAGUCACUGUGGAUGGAAUUCAAUCCUCGAGAGCAUUGUCAACGGUGUCCCUCUCAUUGCUUGGCCUUUAUAUGCAGAGCAAAAGAUGAAUGCAAAUGUAUUGUGUGAAGGUUGGAAGGUGGCUCUGAGACCUAAAGCAAAUGAAAAUGGCAUAGUGGGAUGUGAUGAGAUCACUAGAGUUGUGAAGGAACUAAUGGAAGGGGAAGAAGGAUUUAGGGUUCGACAGAGGAUGAAUGGAUGGAAGGAAGCUGCUAGUAAGGCAUUGAGUGAAGAGGGUUCUUCCAGAAAGGCAUUGUCUGAGUUGGCAAUGAAGUUGAAGAAGCAUAAAUAGAAUUAGGGUUAUGGUCAGUUUCCUGUUGUUUCUCUCUGUGAGAUGUUGAAUAUAUUCUAUACUCUGUGCUGGCCAAGCAGGGUUAAGCCAAUUAGCCAAUAUCUGUAGUUCCUAAGCUGUUAGUUUGUAUCUUCAGUUUGCUGAUCCAGUGAAGCUGUUUGCUUAUAAAUCAUUUUAGAA